CAAUAGUGAAAUGACAAGAAAAUAAUUGAUAAUUUACAUCAUUCUGCUCUACAUGUAUGUUAAGACAAUAAGGAGAUAAUUUUAUUAGUUUUGGGGUCCGAACACAAUAAAUCACAAUGAACUAUUAGUGCAAAUAAAUUUGAAGUGUGGAUUCCACUAUGGGAUCUGUCUGGAAACGGCUUCAAAGGGUGAAUAAACGUGCAGCCAAGUUUCAGUUUACUGUAUCAUAUCAUCAGCUUGCAGUCGAAUUUACCUCGAAAUGGGAACCACACAAAUUAUCGUUGGUAUGGUCACGUAGAUCUCGAAGGGUGGCUUCCGCGCCUAUGGCAUGGGAGCCAACGUUACAAAACCCAUAUAAAGGUUUAGUUGUUUGGCCGGUCCCAGAAAAUCAUCAAGUUGCUAUAACGUUAUUUAAAGAUCCCAGAACCACUGAGUUGGAAGACAAAGAAUGGUCAUUUAUUCUAGAAGAUGUUCCAACAACUGGAAAAAGAAGACAACUUGCCAUUGCACAUGUCAAUAUGCGAAAGUAUGCCAGUGUCGAAUCUACCCACUCAGAAUUACAAAUCUCUUUUAAGACUACAACAAAGAAAAUUACUUCCGCUAAGCUUGACUGUACUUUGUCGUGCGUCCUUUUACGAGAAGGAAAAGCAACAGAUGAAGACAUGCAGUCUAUGGCUUCGCUAAUGUCCGUAAAUAAUAAUAGUGAUGAUAUAGCCGCGUUAGAAGAUGUAGAAGACGACGAUUUCUCUCUAAGUCAAAAUGAUAACUCGAUUAAAAGUAGUAUUAACGAAGUAACACAGCAUUUGCAGCAAAUGACGAACAGCCUAUCUGGGUCAGAUUUCGCAAGUACUCCAAUUAGUGUUACGAGCAUACAGUCGUUCUCUCGGGAUGACAAAACACCAACGGCCGAAACUUUCUCUCCGAUUUCUGAAAAGCCCAAAAUUCCCGCAGCAAUUCCUCCACCUAGGUUUAGCGAUUUUGCCGAAAACGAGGUUGAUCCGUACUCAGAAGAAUGCACUGAAUUGUUAGAUAGGCUGGAUGCGCUAGAGGAAGAUGGCGAAAGCGAGAAUAUUCCGAAACCCAAAAGCGUAAAUUUGAAACUUAAACCCCUAGAGUUGAAAGAACAUAUUGACAUACCAAAAAACCAACAACAAAAAUUAACAACACCGGGUCAAGAUUUGUUGGAAUGGUGCAAAGAAAUGACAAAGAACUAUCCAGGGGUUAAAGUCACAAAUUUAACAACUAGUUGGAGAAACGGUAUGGCGUUCUGUGCGCUUAUACAUCAUUUCGAACCAGCUUUAAUAGACUUCAAUUCUCUUUCACCACAUGAUGUGAAAGGAAAUUGCAAGAUAGCGUUUGACGCUGGUGACAAAUUGGGUAUUCCUCGAGUGAUAGAGCCUACAGACAUGCAUAUGUUGGCUGUGCCUGACAAGUUAGCAGUUAUGACUUAUUUGCAUCAGCUAAGAGCGCACUUCACUGGACAUCAGUUAGAAGUACAGCAAAUUGGAAAAACGUCGGAAGAGAGCAAUUACGUCAUCGGAAAGUUUAAUACUGAUAAGGAUACCGAUAUCACAAAACAAGUUUUUGGACAGGAGAUAAUUAACUUACGAAAAGCUAAACAAAAUCAACAGUUAAAUAAAUCUCAGGAAGGUAAAAAAGAGAAGGAAUUAAAUCAAACAAAUAAGGAAAUUACGCAGAACACAGACGCGAAAAUUGCCGCCUCAAAAUUACAGCUUCCGUUGAAAAUUACUAACGAACCGUCAGAAGUUAUUAAGGAACCUAAAGAAAAAUCACCCACGGUUGUUAAAGAUGUAAAAGAUAUCAUUUUAUUUGGCUCAAAGAGUAUAAUGAGUAAAGUUAUGUCUUCACCCUCUAAAGAUAAAAUUCAAACUAAGAAGCAGGAAGAGAAAAAGCAGGAGGUUAAGAAACCAAUUUUGAUGACUAGAAGAGAACUGACUGAUCCUUUUGGCUCUGACGACGAGGAAGAAGUUACAGAUAAUAAAAUUAUCAAUAACAAGGUACCUGAAGCUAAUGUAGAAAUGAAUGGGUCUGGUGAUCAUGCAAUUGUCAAAGAAAAGGACAAGGAAGUGUCAAGUGAUGUCUUCUCAGAUUUGCCUAAACCAAAUGUGCAAAUACUUAUGCGACAUUCAGAGCAAAGAGAACGUGCGAGGCAGUUGAUCGAACAGACCAGAAAAGACGCUUCCAUCACCACUUCCCCUACCAGGUGCGAGGACGAAAGACAGGCUCUGUUACGGGAAAGGGCGAGAAAACUUUUGGCAGAAGCUAGAAGAGGUUCGGCUCCCCAGACUGAGAUUAUUAGGGUCAGUCCUGAUUCGCUUAAAACGUUUAUAGAAAACGAAGAAAAGAAUCUGCAGAGAGUGGAAGAGGAGAAAGCGAGUUUAGAACGACAGAAUAGUACAGGUUCUGAAAAGAACGGUAAUGUCGUUUCCCUAAAAUCUGUAGAUAUUUCAGAAGAAAAUUCAACCAAAUCUAGUCCUAGUAAUAGAGAAAGAAUUACACCAGAUAAGUUACCAGAUGAGUUAGGGUUAAAACAGAUGGGUAUCGAUGUACAUAAUUAUAUUGACAAGGAAAUGGAAGAUCUCGAACGAGAGCAAAGUGCCAUAGAUGAACAAGCCGCUGUUUUAGAAAAACAGCUGAGGGUGGUGAUGGAAUCUCAAAAUAGUAACGGCGAGGAGGAAGAAGCUCUUAUGGCCAAAUGGUUCAUGUUUGUCAAUAAGAAAAAUGCUUUACUUAGGAGGCAAAUGCAACUUAAUAUUUUAGAAAAAGAAGCCGACUUAGAAACCAAAUACAAACUCCUUAACUUAGAAUUACAAAAAAUUGCCUCUAUCGAAGAGUGGAGAAAGACGGAAGAGCAGAGAAAAAGAGAGCAGAUGUUGUUAGAUGAACUCGUUCAAAUCGUUAAUAAACGUGACGAACUCGUUCAUCAUUUGGACAAUCAAGAAAAAGCAAUUGAGGAAGAUGAUUUAAUCGAGCAAGAUUUGUCACAAAUAGACUUACAGCCGAAGGAAAAAUGUGUAAUACAAUAAUGCCUUUCAUCUUUCAGUUAUAAGUUAACUUGAAUUAACUUUUACCGUAUGUAAACAAAUUGUCUUGUGAAAUUCGUCAAAAUCGCUUCAAAUUCAUUAUGAUAUUAUACAAUGGUGCUUUUGUGUGAUAUUUUCGUUAGAUUUUAUAAAUAAGCAAUAGAAUAUUCGCGCGAGCUUUCUAAUUUCACGAAUUUACAAUAUAAUUUGUUUACUUGCCAAAGUAACUCAGUCUUUUAUUUAUUGUAAAUUUUUAUUUCAUUAUUUUAAUGAAUCAUCUUUUUUUAAUAAAAAGACAAUAUUGUAUUUUGAGAUGACUCAAAUUCUGUAUUUAUUUAAAUAUUAUUUAUUUACAUUUUAAAUCAUUUGUAAUAAUUCAUCAUUAUUAUAUUAUCCGAAUUAAUUGACUAAAAUUGGCUGUAAACUAAGCCAUCCACUUGUUAGUGCAAUAUGAAGGACAAAACGUAGUUGGCAAGUUCUGCAAAAAACUUGCAAUUUUAGGUAGAUACCGUAAGUGAAAUGGCUUCAGUUUAAAAAUAUUUUUGGUGGUCAUAUUUCAUUUAUGUCAACUGAAAAAAAAAUCCAUUCGCAAUUUGGGUUGUAACAAUUGUUGUAUAUGAAUAGAAUUGUUAGACAUGAAUUUGUACGUAACUACGUGAUUUGUGUUUACCCAUCGUCCUACCAUUAGCUUAAUAUUAGCUUUAGCAGUUGUAAAAUAACUUUUUUAUUGUCUGUAUAUUUGUUUGUAAGGUAACCAGUUAAGUUAAUGUAAAUAAAUCGAAGAUAAUUA